GCCACGUGACCGGCGCCGCCCGCCGUGGGAGCGCUGCUGCGCGUGCGCGGAGGACCCCUGGAACCGCCUGCGCUGCCCGGCCAUGGACGGGAGGUGGCCACCCUGCUCCCGCCCCCUGCUGGGGGUCUGUGUGCUCAUCGCCUUGGCUACGGCGGCCUUCCUGGGCCACAGUCUGCUCCGUGACUUCCCGUUGGUCCCCCAGGAGCUGGGUGGCAUCUUCCAAGGCCCGGGGGACACCAGCCGGCCGCUACCCUGGCCUGCGCAGGAGCGCCCUGGCCGUCCUGGGGCCACACCCACACAGUGCGAUGUCCCCCCCAACAGCCGCUUCGACUGUGCCCCGGACAGGGCCAUCACACAGGAGCAGUGCGAGGCCCGCGGCUGCUGCUAUGCGCCCACGCGGCGGCGGCCACAGGGUCCACGUAUCGGGCAGCCCUGGUGCUACUUCCCACCCAGCUACCCCAGUUACAGGAUGCAGGACCUGAGCCCCUCCGAGACGGGCUACACGGCCACCCUGACGCGCGUCGCCCCCACCUUCUUCCCCAAGGACAUCCUGACCCUGCGGCUGGACGUGCUGAUGGAGACCGACAGCCGCCUGCACUUCACGAUCAAAGACCCCGCGGACAGGCGCUACGAGGUGCCGCUGGAGACGCCGCGCGUGCACAGCCGGGCGCCGUCCCCCCUCUACAGCGUGGCCUUCUCGGAGGAGCCCUUCGGGGUGAUCGUGCGCCGGAAGCUGGACGGCCGGGUGCUGCUGAACACGAGCGUGGCGCCGCUGUUCUUCGCCGACCAGUUUCUGCAGCUGUCCACGGCGCUGCCCUCGCGGCUGCUCUCCGGGCUGGGCGAGCACCUCAGCCCGCUCACGCUCACCGCCGACUGGGCCAGGGUCACCCUCUGGAACCGGGACGUGCCCCCCACGCCCAACGUCAACCUGUACGGGUCGCACCCUUUCUACCUGGCGCUGGAGGAAGGCGGCACGGCCCACGGGGUGUUCCUGCUCAACAGCAACGCCAUGGAUGUGGUCCUGCAGCCGAGCCCCGCUCUCACCUGGCGGUCGACAGGCGGGAUCCUGGACGUGUAUGUGUUCCUGGGCCCCGAGCCCAAGAGCGUGGUGCAGCAGUACCUGGACGUCGUGGGGUACCCGUUCAUGCCGCCCUACUGGGGCCUGGGCUUCCACCUGUGCCGCUGGGGCUACUCGUCCACGGCCAUCAUGCGCCAGGUGGUGGAGAACAUGACCCGGGCCCACUUCCCCAUGGACGUGCAGUGGAAUGACCUGGACUACAUGGACUCCCGGAGAGACUUCACCUUCAACAGGGACGGCUUCGCCGACUUCCCGGCCAUGGUGCACCAGCUCCACCAGGGCGGCCGGCGCUACGUGAUGAUCGUGGACCCUGCCAUCAGCAGCUCGGGCCCCCCCGGGAGCUACCGACCCUACGACGAGGGCCUGCGGAGAGGGGUCUUCAUCACCAACGAGACGGGGCAGCCGCUGAUGGGGAAGGUGUGGCCGGGUACUACCGCCUUCCCUGACUUCACCAACCCCGAGACCCUCGACUGGUGGCAGGACAUGGUGGCCGAGUUCCACGCCCAGGUGCCCUUCGACGGCAUGUGGAUCGACAUGAACGAGCCAUCCAACUUCGUCAGGGGCUCCGAGUACGGCUGUCCCAACAACACCCUGGAGAAGCCGCCGUACCUGCCAGGAGUGGUGGGCGGGGCCCUCCAGGCAGCCACCAUCUGUGCCUCCAGCCACCAGUUCCUGUCCACGCACUACAACCUACACAACCUGUACGGCCUGACCGAAGCCAUCGCCUCCCACAGGGCCCUGGUGAAGGCUCGGGGGACACGCCCAUUCGUCAUUUCCCGUUCAACCUUCUCUGGCCACGGCCGAUACGCUGGCCACUGGACAGGGGAUGUGUGGAGCACCUGGGAGCAUCUCUCCUCCUCCGUGCCAGAAGUCCUGCAGUUCAACCUGCUGGGGGUGCCCCUGGUGGGGGCGGACGUCUGUGGCUUCCUGGGCAACACCUUGGAGGAGCUGUGUGUGCGCUGGACCCAGCUGGGUGCCUUCUACCCCUUCAUGCGCAACCACAAUGACAUGCGCAGCCAACCCCAGGAGCCGUACAGGUUCAGCGAGGCCGCACAGCGGGCCAUGAGGAAGGCCCUGGGCCUGCGCUACGCGCUGCUGCCGCACCUCUACACACUCUUCCACAAGGCCCACGUCCGAGGGGACACCGUGGCCCGGCCCCUCUUCCUGGAGUUCCCCGAGGACCCGCGCACCUGGACGGUGGACCGGCAGCUGCUGUGGGGGGCGGCCCUGCUCAUCACCCCGGUGCUUGAGGCCGGGCAGGGGAACGUGACCGGCUACUUCCCUUCGGGCACGUGGUACCCCCUGCACACGGUGCCCAUCGAGGCCCUCGGCAGCCUCCCUCCUCUGCCCGUGGCUGCCCCCAGCCCUCCCAUCCACAGUGAGGGGCAGUGGGUGACGCUGUCGGCCCCCCUGGACACCAUCAACCUCCACCUGCGGGCUGGGUACAUCGUCCCCCUACAGGGCCCCGGGCUCACCACCACGGAGUCCCGCAGGCAGCCCAUGGCCCUGGCCGUGGCCCUGAACGCCAGCGGGGAGGCCCGCGGGGAGCUGUUCUGGGACGACGGGGAGAGCCUGGGGGUGCUGGAGUGCGGGAACUUCACCAGCAUCACCUUCCUGGCCAGGAGCAACACCGUGGGGAACCAGCUGGAGCACGUGGCCGGCGAGGGGGCCAGCCUGCAGCUGAGGAAGGUGAUGGUGCUGGGCGUGGCCACGGCCCCCCAGCAGGUCCUCUCCAAUGGCGUCCCCGUCUCCAACUUCACCUACAGCCCCGAGGCCAAGAUCCUGGACGUCCCCGUCUCGCUGUUCGUGGGGAAGCAGUUUCUCAUCAGCUGGUCCUAGAGGAGGGCCCCACCCCCGACGCCAGCCACGGGCGGGCCUUGAUGUGGACCCGCAGACCCCUGCUACCUGCCCCAGCCCCCGUGCUGUCACGGGGGGCCUGCCCCAUGCCAGGGGUGUCACCCCUCCAGGGCAGGGCCAGCUCUGGGGCCAGGGGACUUGAAUCCCAACCACAGUCGAAGGUGUCGGGCUGCAGCAGGGCCCCAAUGCUCGCUGUGGGUCCCCCGCCUCACCCUGCACCGGACCCAUCGGCACCGCCACGGCCGUGGCCACCGUGGAAGCGUCAGCUGCCCCCCGCAUCUCAGAGCGCACACCUGGGAGGAGCACCCACUGCGGUGAGAGUGACCCCGAAACACUGGAAGGACGGCAUCAGGCCACCCACAGUGGUUUUCCCCAGGGAACAAACACAACUUUCAAAUCCCAUACUGCGCGGGGAUUCCACGCACCGACUGUGGCUGGGUUCUGCCUGCCUUGGCCACCACAGUGGGCUGACCCGGCUGUGCCAGGGGAGCCGUGGCGCGUUCUCCCGCUCCUGUCCCCUCUGCACACUGUGGGUCUGCCUGUGUGACCGUCGGCUGCACAUCCCGGGGACACCAACACAGGAACCAGCUGGAACCCAGGGCCACGUCUGAGCCGCUCGGUCAACCUCUGGCUGGAAGCACUUACGCGACCCAGAGCUCCGGCCGUCUGGAGUGUGGGUGGCCGUGGCCCAUCCCCCGUGGCCCGUGGUCCAGCACCGUCUUCAGUCUCUUCGGUCUCGGCUGUCAGUGCACAGAGAACCGCCCGCCCCGCCGCUAACCCUGCUCCCAGCAGGGCGCGGAGCCCUGGCCCCUCAGCACCCAGCAGGCCACGAGGAGCUGCCUCGCCUACGUGGCCGUGUCGCCAUGGCGCUGUGUGGGCACGCUCCCCGUGGCUGAUCUUAGCCCCCUUUCUAGGGUUCCCUAGGUGUGCAGAGUUUACAGUAAAGGGAAAAUGUUAGAGUGCAACCCAAACACGACCGGUCAAAUCCACCCCUCAC